AUGGAGCUGCUCGGAAUGUACCUCGACAAAAACCGCUGCAUCACUCUCCCGACUUCGUUUGCAAAAUAUGUGAUUAGUCUUCUCUUCUCCACCCCUCAUCUCACCAACAGCAAGUUGCGUCUUUGUGCUUCGUUUAGAGAUCUAGUGAUGAGGCAUCCAGUCCGACUUUGCUCUGCAUUUGACACGCAAUCAAGUUAUCGUGUGGCAGUGAAAAAACUUUCCAGACCAUUUCAAUCUAUCAUUCAUGCAAAACGAACAUACAGAGAGCUACGAUUGUUGAAACAUAUGAAACAUGAAAAUGUAAUUGGCCUGUUGGAUGUUUUCACACCAGCAACAACAUUACAAGAUUUUACUGAUGUCUACCUGGUGACCAGCUUAAUGGGAGCAGAUCUAAACAAUAUAGUCAAAUGUCAGAAGCUCACGGAUGAUCAUGUACAGUUCCUAAUUUAUCAGAUUCUUCGGGGCCUUAAG